UAAACGUCACUCGCAUGCGCAUUUAAUGUAUGUUGCUGUGUGUUGUUGUUGUUGUAGCUAACGUGUAGCUGAUAAGUUGAGUGAACACACAAUGAAGAUGUCCGGAGCAGUACUCUGCGUGGUGCUUCAGGUUUUUAUCUCAGUGGUGUCCACACAGUCUUCGCCCCGGCAGCUGAAUACGGAAACCAUCUUGAUUAACGUGACAGCAGGGACACUGACGGACACACAGCUGCAGGAUUCCAACAACUUGCAGAUCAAUUUCAACAUAUCGGUGGGUGAAGAGCAGGUGUUGAUCAAUGACGUCCCAGUGGAGCUGUCAGGGGUCACCAGAUUCACCUGUCAGGCUCUUCUCUUGGACAGCAACAACGGGAGCAGGGAGUUUGAAUCUGGGGACAUGGUGUCCACUGUCACCCGGGUGAUGGUGAACCAGAACCGGCUGUACAGCAGUUCCGAGGAGGUGGUGGCUCUACAGGUGUUCAGUGAAGUGAUAGAGAUGGAGGGCAAAGAGGUCCAGCAACCGGAAAUGUGUGAGGUGAAGAUCCUGAUGAGCCCAGAUUACCAGAAGCUUGCUCAGUUUACCAAUAUUUACCCAAUUGGUCACAGCGAGAUCUUCAGGGUUCCCAGGGAAAAUGACGUGGUCGUCACUGAUCCACCAAAUCAUCAAAAAAAUGAAGAGCAGCUGAUCUCUCAGACCACUAGCCAGUACCCCCUGAAGCAUACAGAGACCACCCAGGAAGAGACUGCAGCUCCUGGAAAGCUCCCAGAGACUCCUCUGCGUAUGGACCCUGACCUGCUGUAUGACGUCAGAUAUGAUGACAAAUUCGAUGACCAAGAGUCGAGCCAGCAAGAUCACAUUCAGAUAAACAUUCCACCUAAAGAGCUGAUAUCAUCUUAUUCUGCCAUGUGUCAGUGGAUGGAGCAAGUGAGGGAGCGUCUGAGGCGCUUUUGCUCCGAGUCCCUGCCUCUCUUCUUCCUGGUGAUGUGGGUGGUGGUGAUCGGCGUUGUCGGAUCAGCGGUCAUAGUUAAAAUCCUGGACAUGUUUUUCCCAACAUGUGAACACAAGCACAUUUUUCACCUGAACCCUGUCACUCUCAUACCAGAGGAUGAGAAGCACAUACUGUUGGAGAGCAUAGAAACAGAAGCAGAGGGAGACGAGAAGAAGCCUUGAAUAAGGAUUGACUUGGCCAUUCCCUUUACUUUCAAUUUGUUCUUGUUUAUUCUUUAACCUCUGCAACCUGUGUUACAUUUCAGCAUGGUUUUGGCCCUUGCUCAUAUUCAGAUUUGUAAACCAUCAGCUUUUCUCUUACCCUCUAAACAACAUUAGCCACAGAUCAGGGGGUGGUUUAAAUCUGUCAAAUUGACAAACUCACUCUGCUGGUUUAAUGCUGGUCCAGGUGUUUCCCUCACAUUGAGUCACAUGGUCAAGUGGAACAGAAAGUGAGUGGGCUACAGUACUGGAUCAAGUUGAUACAAUGUCUUGUCAGCUUGCAAUAUGGUGAAUGUCACUGUGUUCCCAGCGUCUUUGCAUUCAGCCAAUUAUUUGCACAGAAAACUCUUUGCUGGUAUGAUUGGUCAGACAGAGUUUGUACAAAGAUUAUAUUAAAUCACAAUUUCAAUCUUUACAUUUAAUUAGCUCAGUCACAAGUUACCUUUUAUUAGCAAUGACCAAACUACUAAUGCUUUUCCAACUUCCAAAUUUCCAGAACAAAGUGGCUUAUUCUACCAAAUUUUGUCAUUGUUCAAAAUUAGAAUAUCCAUUUAAUACCUGUUCUUUAUGAAGAUCAUGUGACGCGAUCCACAGCUUUGAGCUUUGAGCUCAGCUUUUAAAGAAAUAAAUAGACAUUUUGCCAAACAUGCAAAAUUGCUAUUAUUCAGUUCGAGUUAGCUUAAACUCAGCUAGCCUAUUGCAUUUGAUCUAUUCUAUACGAAGAUGGAAGUAUAAAGAAAUAUUUUUGGGUUGCUAUGCACUAAAUAAUCCACAAUCCACAAUCCACUGGUGGUUAGAGUUCAUUAUAGCUUUUAAUCAAAUUUCCCCACAUGGCGUAAUACAACUGCACUAAUGCUAUGUGUUUUGGGUAGAUAGUCAGAUGUUGCUUCACUCAUUUCUGGUGCCUCCAGCCUCACUUCGUGCUGUUGCAUAAGGGACUUUUCGAUAUGUCGUAAAUGUAGAGCAGGGAUGAGGAACCCCUAACCUCUGGGCUUAUACAGUUUUAUCGUGCCUGUGUGGCAAUUAAAAAAAUACAACAAAGUAAGCGAGAAAUACAAAAUAUACUCAUGAUAGCGAUGAAUUUGUCUUUGUUAAAGGAAAAUAUCAUUAUAUAGUACUAACUUCUCCUUGCUGUAUGUCUGUUAGGUCACAGUUACAACACAGACAGAGCUGUUGUUUCAUCCCCGACAAGCGUCAUGGCAACUAUCAAGAUAAUAAAAAGUCGAUGUGGAAUUUCUCAUUUCCUAGAGAAACUGACAAAUGAUUAUUUUCUCAUUUUGAGAGAGUGCCCUCUGCUGGACCAUAGGCCAAACUAUUGUUUGGUGACUGAUAAUGUUUUUUCUCAAGCACUUUGCAGGUGGAGUAUUACAAUAUAUUUAUUUUUUCCCAAUGUAAAUUAAAACAACAGAUCAUAUCCUCAAAGUUGGAAUGUAUGCUGCUGUGUGACAAUUAAGGAAUCUUGAUUCACUCAUAAAGAUCACAAGCUUCAUAGUGACACUGUUGAGUGAAGGUUUUCUUUAAAAGUAUCUUCUCUCUUACUGAACAGCUAGAGAACCCAGGUCAGAAAAGACACUGUUUUAGGAGAGUUGAUGUAAGUAGUGUAGGUUCAACAAAUGACCUUUAACAAACUGAGCAUUUAAGGGGCUGCAUCCAGUGAUUUAGAGUUUUUAUGUUCACUGAAGAGUUUAUAUAUGUAGCAGCUCUGUGCAUGUUUAUCUCACAUGUGUUAAGGGUUAGGGUUAGGGUUAAAUAAUUACAUUUUAAAUAAUACCCAAUUGCACUACCGGGAGUUUAUUUGAAAUAUAUUUAUUUAAUAUCCUGUCAUCCUUUAAUUGAAAACCAGAUGAAUACUUAAAACAGUAAUGUUUGAGUAUGUUGUCUCUGAUGAAGUAAGAUAAUACCUCAUCACACUGUAAUUUGUGAUCAGUGAUUGUGUCCCUUACACCACUUUCAUACUGGAUCUGAAUGUCACUUCUGAGAAGAACACAUCCCUUUGAGGUCUAUUACCCAAUCAUGAGGUUGCUAUGUUGAUUGUAAUUCUUCACAGUGCCUGUUUGAUGGAUUCUAUUUGAUUAUUUUACUUUGGUUGACUCAUGUUACUAACACAUGGAGAAUGUAAGUGAAUUUUUUGUUAUAGUCUAUGCACUCUAAAUGUAUUAUUGACUGAUGUAAAAUAUUGAUGUGUUUGGACAAGAAAUGAAAUCAAAGUAGAAAAUAUAAAAGUGAUUGAGCAAAAGCAUUAAUGAAAUUCUGCUCAGGUUUUGAGGUAAAUUAUUUGGAUUUUUGUGGCUCCUACUACGAGUUUGGUUUGAUUUAUGUUUAUUGGGUAUGUCCUUUAGGCAUUAUUAAAACAUCUUUUGAAUUAUAGCAGCCACAUUUUAAGUUGCGCAGUAGCGUUGUCUCUUAAAUUGUGUUUUUGGGGCCUCAUCUGGAAGCACUGACACGUCAUUCCAAGUUAAUGAGCCAUUUUUCUUUUUUUGUAGUGCCUCCUAGCUCAUGGCAAUUUGAGCUGCAGCAUACAGUAUUGGAUAAGAACAAGUAUGGCACUCAGUAGAGUGUAUGCUUCUGCUAAGGAGGGAAAAUCCUACACAUGAUUGACUAGUAGCCAAAGAAGAAGGAAGUGUUCUCCUAACCAUAACAAUGUAUUUGUGAGAAAACAUAGUUAAAGUGAAAACCAAUCCUGGAUCUGCCCCUUACUCUGCAUGUGUACCAAAAUGUAAUGGUUCUUCACAGGCCCAGCCACCAUCCCUCCAGCCUUUUUGGUUGUGAAUGAUUUAGAUUUUUCGGGUAAAAUAAAACCAGCACCCGACACAGGGGGAAACAACCUUCAUGAUAGUGGUAACAAACUGGCACAAACUGAAUGAAGGUUCUACACCUUUGUAGUCAGAAUCCUGAUUAUUGCAAAGAAGGUUGGUUACUUCGUUUUGAAUUCGGGAAUGAAAACUUGAGUAAAAACUGCAUGAAUUUUCCUUUACUUUGUUUUGUCGUAAAACUCAUCAAUGAUAAGUCAGAAUAACUAAUAGGAUAGAGCUCCUAUUAGAGCCCAAACUGGGCUCCAGGCAGGUGAAUGUGGGUUUCAUUACUUCAAAACUCUCCAAAGGUCCACUGGGUUUUAGUUUUUCCACAACCUUCGUCAUGCUUGAAGAAAGCAGCACUCAUAAAAACAUUAGCUUGUGUAUCAGCCACAGGACAGGUCUCACCCCAGGGUUCUGUUCAGCUGCAGGAUGCAUGAUGUGCUGCAUUAAGAUGCAUGUGUAGCUAGUGAAUGCAGUCUUCUGUCAGUAAGCUAUACAUUCAAACUAGGAAACUGCAUGAUGACUCACAAACCCAGCCAGUUUAUUUCAAGUGUAUGCCUGGAAAUCCAAAAUGACACACUCCAAACAAUUAGGUGCUGUAGAUGACCGCUACAUCUACAUUUAGCCUGUAAGGCGAACAAUGAGUCAGGCAUGGAUUCAGAUGUGUUGAAGAAUAAACUAAUGUGUUUUGAUUUGA